GCGUAGCUCAACUUUCGGUUCAUCCCGCAUUGCCUGUUCUCCUUACCAGAAAUGGCUCAAUUGGAGCUUUCAUUGAUCGGCCGCUAAUCAUUCGUUUUACCUUACCUGAUAUAACUGUUAAACAGCUCCAGCUGUCAUGGCGACGGCUGAUGCGGCGGGACGAGGAUGAGGAGGAAGAGGAGGAGGGCGAGGAGGGGGAGGAUAGGGAGGAUAAAGAGGAGGAGGUGGAGGGGGAAGAGAAGGAGGAGGAGGAGGAGGAGGAGGAGGAGGAGGAGGAAGACGAGGACGAGGAGGAAGAGGAGAAGGAGGAGGAGGAGGAGGAAGAGGAGGACGACGAGGAGGAAGAGGAGGAAGGGGAGGAGGACGAGGACGAGGAGGGGGAAGAGGAGGAGGGCGAGGAGGGGAAGGAUAGGGAGGAUAAAGAGGAGGAGGAGGAGGAGGAGGAGGAGGACGACGAAGAAGUAGAAUACGAGGACGAGGAGGAGGAAGAGGAGAAGGAAGAGGAGGAGGAGGAAGAGGAGGAGGACGAGGAGGAGGAAGAGGACGAGGAGGAAGAGGAGGAAGAGGAAGAGGAGGAGGAGGAGGAGGAAGAAGAAGAGGAGGAGGAGGAGGAGGACGACGACGACGAGAGUGAGGAGGAAGAGGAGGAGGACGAGGAGGAGGAGGAGAACGAGGAAGAGGAAGAGGAGAAGGAGGGGAGGAGGAGGUGGAGGGGUGUUAAGGGGGACGACGUGUGUUACCUGGAGACGAGGCUCCCGGCGAUGGCAAGCAAGGGCGGCGGCGAUGGCUCCCGCAGGUAAGCAGCGGGGAGGCGGGGCAGCGGGCCGUCAGCUCCGGUACGACGAGCAGCAGGCAGCGCGGCAAUGGGGCAGCGGGCGUUGCUGGGGAGGGACGGGUGGGCCAGGCCACUACACCGCGAUCAGUCCGGGGCUGCGCGAUUUCGAAUUCACAGAAGGCCCGAUCUGGGCCGUGGAUCAUCGUCGAUCAACGGCCCAAAUUGGGCCUUUUUUCUAGAAACCGGUAGGCCCCCUUCGAAAUAUGAAAGCGGGAGGGUGUUCGGGCUGCCACCCUCUGCCCUGCUACACCACGGAAUAAAAUUUCCAGGCCCUG